AUGGCGAACCGCUGGGAAAACCUGCUGUUGGAGCUGACGGAUGAGCUGCACCGACUGUCUGCGAAAUUGCAGGUCUUGGAGCUCGAAAAUCAGAAGUUGAAGGAGCCUACUGCUCCCGAUGCAAACAGCCAGGCCUUUGUUCGGGCUCCGAGCCCCGACGAUUGUCCUCCCGAGCUUCUUGCAUCGGCUUCCCGCAGGGCUUCCUCAUCAAGUUCUGGGAGCGCCAGUGCGAAUCAUCUGAGUGGGAGUUUGCCGCUCAACAUCCGGGGCACGGCCUCCGCCUCCGCUACGCUCUUGGAAGAGCCAGCGCCAAGGAAUGGCACUGAGGUGGAUGUGCUGAAACCAACGAGUAGCUUGCGGAGCGACGCAGCGGAAACGAUGCCGACGUUCUCCGCGGUGACCGAGGACUUGGGUACCGGCUCUCGCGCGUCCGCUCUCAUCAAGGAAGAGCGGAUGCAGUUCAUGAUCAUGCGAGCGCAGAAGACCAAGAACUUCGUGGCAUUGAAGCCCUGGUACAUCAUCAAUCCGGACAGCAGUGGCCUCGCAAACACGUGGCAGCUGCUAACCAUGUUUGCUUUAGCCUUCGUCGGGCUGGUCACGCCCGUGCAGGUCGGAUUGCUCAAAGUGGAGUUUGGGUUGCUUACCGUUCUCAGCCUUGCUGUUGACCUGGUCUAUGUCAUCGACAUGGUUCUGCAAUUUUUCACAUCCUACCCAAGACGGAGAGGACGCGAAGUGGAGUGGGAAGUGCGACUGCCGCGAAUCACGAUUCACUACUUGAAGACUUGGUUUAUACUGGACUUCGUGACCCUGAUCCCUUUUGACAUAAUAGCGCUGACUUCCGGCGUCGACGACGUGAAAGAGCUGAAUGGCGUGAAAGCCAUACGAGUCUUGAGGCUCGUGAAGUUGUUUCGUGUGUUGAAGACGUCAAAGUUCACUCAGAAGUACGAGAUCCCCUACUCCAUUCCAUACCAGCAGGUGACAUUAUUUAAGUUCUUGUUGAUGCUCAUUCUGGUGUGCCACUGGCUGGCAUGCGUUUGGGCACUGACUCUCCAGCUGGUGAGCAGCGACCUUCCUCAGUGGAUAGCUGCUUGUCUGCAAUCAGCCAUACUAGUAUGA